GCGAAUGCAUGCAGCGCAUGCAGGCCGCCGUGGCAGCACGGCAUGCAUAUGCAUUUUGGCAGGGAAUAAGUGGUCAAGGGCAAGGUAUAGAAAUUGGUAUAUAAUAAUAACACUUGAUAACACUGCUGAAGUGGUACGGCCACGGGCAGGUUACGGCUGGUCCAAGGUCCAAGGGCUGGACUAAUCCAGAUAGCAUCAAUUGACUAAUCAAAGAUGGUGUAUGAUCAGAACUUGUCAUCUAGUGAUGACAAUUCUGGCUCGGAGAGUGACGCCAGCUCGGGCAGCCGCUCGGCGUCGCCGGCCGGCUCCGGCUCGCCGCGCCGCAGUGCCUCCCGCUCGGCGAGCCCCGCCGGCAGUCACCACUCCGGUAACCGGCCGGCCACCGCCGCCUCGGGCAGUCCGCGGGGCAGCGCCGGCUCCGCCAGUCCCGCCGGCAGCGCGGCGUCGGGCAGCCCCGCAGCCAGCUCGAGAUCCGGCAGCCCGGCAGGCAGUGUGAGGUCCAGGUCGGGCAGUCCUGCUGGCAGUGCAAAGUCCGGAAGCCACAGGUCUGGAAGUCCUGCUGGUAGUCAAAGAUCGGGAAGUCCUGCUGGUAGUCACCGGUCUGGAAGUCCUGCUGGCAGCCACCGGUCUGGCAGUCCUGCCGGUAGCCACAGGUCAGGAAGUCCUGCCGGAAGUGCGAGGUCGGGAAGUCCUGCUGGUAGUGCAAGAUCCAGAAGCCCAGCUGGUAGCAACAGGUCUGGCAGCCCUGCUGGCAGCCAAAGAUCAGGCAGCCCUGCUGGCAGUGCUAGGUCUGGCAGUCCUGCUGGCAGCCACAGGUCGGGCAGUCCUGCUGGCAGUGCAAAGUCAGGCAGUCACAGAUCUGGAAGUCCUGCUGGCAGCCACAGGUCGGGAAGUCCUACCGGCAGUGCUAGGUCUGGAAGCCCUGCUGGAAGUGCGAGGUCUGGCAGUCCUGCUGGCAGUGCAAAGUCCGGGAGUCACAGGUCUGGCAGUCCCGCCGGGAGCCACAGGUCCGGCAGUCCUGCUGGCAGUGCUAGAUCUAGAAGUCCUGCCGGCAGUGCUAGAUCUGGCAGUCCUGCCGGCAGUGCUAGAUCCAGAUCUGGCAGUCCUGCUGGCAGCGCUAGAUCUGGCAGUCCUGCUGGCAGUGAGAAGUCGCGUGGCUCGGCGAAGAGCGGCAAGUCUGGCAGCCAUCGGUCUCGCAGCCGGUCCCGUUCCGGCUCGCGGUCCCCGCAGCCGGCCGCCGACGAGCGCGCCUCUGUUCAUUCGGACAGCGAGCACUCGGACGGUGGCUCAGAAGCUGGCAAGGAGGGGAAACGUAAGCGUGCCGUCGUCAGCGACUCUGACUCCGGUGGCAGCACCAAGGCCGACAAGAAGAAGGCCAAGGCCGACAGUGACGGAGACGAGUCCGUUAAGGACGUGGACGCCGCCGACCUUUUCGGUGACGCUUCCGACAUUAGCGACGACGAGGGGGAAGCCGAGACGGCAGCAGCGGCGGCGCCUGCGCCGACCAAGCCGGCGGGCAGCGACGACGAGGAUGACGUCCGACGCGGCAGCGAUUACGAGGAUGAUGCGGACGAGCCGCGUGCCGUCAUCCAGGACGAUGACGAGGACGGUGAGCAGGCGGAGAAGGCGGCCGCUCCUGAGGAGAAGGAGCCGCCCCAGGAGACCAGGAUUGAAGUGGAUGUACCCAAAAUAUCCACCGACCUGGGCAAGGAGCUGAAUUUCGUGAAGCUGCCCAACUUUCUGUCGGUGGAGACGCGUCCGUUCGACCCGGAGACGCACGAGGACGAGAUUGACGAGGAGGAGACGCUGGAUGAGGAGGGCAGAGCGCGCCUGAAGCUGAAGGUGGAGAACACAAUGCGCUGGCGUACGGUGUUCAACAAGGAGGGUGACGCGGUGAAGGAGAGCAACGCCAAGGUGGUGCGCUGGUCGGACGGCAGCAUGUCGCUCUACCUCGGCUCCGAGAUCUUCGACGUCUACAAGCAGCCGCUGCAGGGCGACCACAACCACCUGUUCAUCCGCCAGGGCACCGGUCUGCAGGGUCAGGCCGUGUUCCGCACCAAACUCUCGUUCCGACCGCACUCGACCGACUCGUUCACACACAGGAAGAUGACGCGCUCCAUCGCCGACCGCUCGCACAAGACGCCGGGCGUGAAGGUGCUCACAACGGUCGGACAGAACCCGGAGAUGAACCGCAACCAGCUCAUCAAGCAAGAGGAGAUCCGUCUGCGUGCGUCUGUGCGCCGGGACGCCCAGCGACGGCGGGUGAAGGAACGCUCAGCCCGCAGCCUCAACUCGGGCUACCUGGAGCCGGACGGCGAGGGAGCAGACUCGGAGGACGAGGGGGCCAUCUCGCUCUCCGCCAUCAAGAACAAGUACAAGAAGAAGAAGGGCGACCAGCGGGCGCCCAUCUACUCCUCGGACGAGGAGGGCUCCGACAUCGAGACCAACCGCGCCAGAAAGCUAGAGCGCGCCAAAAAGACCAUCGAGGAGAGCGACGAGGAGGGCGCCGGCAGCGGCGGCGGCGCGAAGUCGCCGGGCUCGGCGUCCGGCUCCGGCUCCGGGUCCGGAUCGGCCGCCUCCGGCUCCGGCUCCGGGUCAGGGUCAGGAUCGGGAUCAGGUAGUGGCAGCGACAGUGACUGAGAGGGGUGGGGGGUUGUGGACUUGUGUCCCGGUCUGGGAUGGUGUACUUCAUGUGUCGUUCGUUGGAGUGUUCGAAAGGUGCGUGCGUGUUGAGGGGAAUGUGAGCCGUAAGGUGCGAAUGGUGAUGUGAUUGGGUCAUUAGCGCUUGCGAGAUUAGUACGGUAAAUGGUUCUUGUGGUUUGGUCAGAGUGAUCCACGUCGCUCGGUCUUGCGACUGCAUCAGUCUUCUGCAAGCGUGCUGGGUGUUGCGUCAUUGCUCCGAGCUGCAGUGUUGCAUCAUGCCGCUAGAAUUGGUGCGAACUUCGGGGAGGCGCUGGUCACCGUCACCGCUCUUUUCAUCGCGUCAAAAGCAUCGGCUGGUUUAUGUGAAUUUGUGCAGGAUGUCGACUCAUGGAUAUUUUUCAUCGCCAAUAAAACCGGAUAGCACCGUUUUUCCUAAA